UUGUCCAAGAUGGCGGCGUUUGUGCAGCUUCUCUGAUGCUGUCAUGUUUUUAACCGAUUUAAUGCUUUUAUUUCGAUAUUUAUGCAUUUGUUCAACGCCCGCCGGGACACCGUGUCGCUGCCGUACCCGUCGCCUGCCUCGCUGCCUCGGCUAACCCCGCUGGAAGUCUCUCGUCAGGCCGGAUUCCCGCUGCAGGACCGAAAAGUUUGAGCUCCAUCCUCCGCCUCGAAGAUGAAGAGGCAGGCCGGGAGGGAGAGCAGCCCGACCAGGGCCAUCGCCAAACGGCUCCGAGAGAGGGAGAGAGAGCGGGAGAGCGCUCGGAGAGAGGAGCUCCCACCGCCGCCGCUGGCUCUGCUCCUGGCGGAGAGCCGGAGCUAUCACCGCCGGAGCCGCAGCAGGGAGCGAGAGAAGCCGCGGCUGAGGGAGGAGCGAGCGGCCGCCCUGGAGCUCCACCACCGACACGAGCUCAGCCUCCUGGGCCGACCCCCGCUCAGGACCACGGCUGCCGAGCUUCCCGCCGCCCGGCCCGGUACCCUGGAGUAUAAAACGCUGCUGAUCAGUAACCUGGGCUCCCAGGUGUCCGAUGAGGACGUGGAGGACUCCCUCUUCCACGAGUUCAAGAAGUUUGGAGAUGUUUCAGUGAAGCUGUCCCACACCCCGGAGCUGGGCAGGAUCGCCUAUGUGAACUUCAGACACCCGGAGGACGCCAAGGAGGCCCGGCACGCCAAAUCCUCCAGGUUAGUUCUGGGAGACCGACAGCUGAAGAUUGAGCCGAUGUACGUGAGGAGGCGGAGUGUGACGCCUCCUGACCCCGGGUAUCUGCCCCUGCACGCCCCCUACCCCUACAGACAGCGCUCCCUGUCCCCGCCAGGCCCUGGGGUGAGCAGUCUGAGGGACUUGAGGGCCCGACACUACGCCCUGGAGACGCUGACCUUGAGCAGGGAGAGGGAGAGGCUGCUGGAUUACUACGGUAUGCUGGAUGAGAGAGGCCGGCCCUAUGGCUUCCCUCCGAUGCCGGUGGUGGAGGAUUUAAAACCUGAGGAUGAUCAGAGAGCAACCAGCAACCUUUUUAUCGGCAACCUGGACGGCAACGUGACAGAGGCCGAGCUCAGGAGGGGUUUUGAUAAGUACGGCAUCAUAGAGGACGUGGUCAUUAAACGGCCGGCGCGUGGGCAGGGUGGGGCGUACGCUUUUGUGAAAUUUCAGAACUUGGACAUGGCCCACCGAGCCAAGGUAGCCAUGCAGGGGCGUCUGAUUGGCGGUAACCCGAUAAAGAUUGGAUACGGAAAAGCGAACCCCACUACACGGCUCUGGGUGGGCGGUCUGGGGCCGGGGAACUCUCUCGCUGCCCUGGCUCGGGAGUUUGACCGUUUUGGAAGUAUCCGGAACAUCGACUACGUGAAAGGGGAUAGUUUCGCCUACAUCCAGUAUGAGAGUUUGGACGCCGCUCAGGCCGCCUGCAGCCAGAUGAGGGGUUUUCCUUUAGGCGGUCCGGAGAGGCGUCUCCGGGUGGACUUUGCUAAAGUCGACGAGAGCCCCUCGCGUCCCUUUCCUGCUGGUUACCAGCCCGCUGUCGCUGCCCCCUCCCACUAUGAUGUCCUGGGCGAGGCCUACAGCCGCCAUCGCAGCCUGGAGCGAGAGCUGAGGGCAGCCAGAGACCGCACCUCGCCACCCGCUCACAGCCUCCUCACCCAGAGAGAGAGGGCGCUGCUGGAGAGAGACUACCCAACCAGCCCCACCCGCAGCCUAGAGAGGAGGGUGGGGGCCGUGGAGGCGUUUGGGAGGAGAGCAGCGAGAAGCCGCAGCAGGAGCAGGGAACGGUGGUUAAAAGAGCGGGAGGAGAGGAGGAACAGGAGGAGGAGCCUGUCACCUGACCGGCAGGUGGAGGAGAGAGAAAGGGAGAAGGAGAGGGGGCGGUCCAGGAUUCGGGGACCAGGAGGGGCCAUCUCUCCUGAUGCCAGCCCGGACCGAGCGCGUGUUCGAGCACCUGACUCCACCACUGAACCCAGAGACCACUCCCCCGACAGUGGCGCUGGAGGCCGGCACUCUACCAACGAAGAAGACCUCCCAGCAGGCCGCCACCACAGCAAACGGUCAUCCAGCGAGCAUCUCAACAAUCACAACCAUCGGAACAGUGAGAGCCUUGCCGCCAGCUCUCCCGCCCUAAUCACAGACACGCACUCCUCCUCGCCUCCCAGCACGCUGUCUGAAUACGCACAGGCGUCUCUCUCUAAAAUCUGGCACGGCUUCUUCGCCCUGAAGAACAGCAGCUUCCCCACAGACCUGUACCUGCUGGAGGGCGGCGUGGCGUUCUUUAACUCGGUGAUGAAGGAGAGUCUGAGGCUGCAGAGCCAGAACCAGCCCAGCCAGCUCAAGAUCGUCCAGCGGCUCCGCAUGGACCAGACACGCCUAGACGAGGUAGUGCGCCGCAUUAAACUCGGACGGCCGGACGGGUUCGCCAUACUGUUGGCGCUCCAGGGCCCCAUCGACCGCCAGGCCCCCGCCCCCGAGCCCGGAUUGCAGGUGCGCCUGCUUCGACAUCUUGUGACCUACCUGCGGAACAAGGAAGCAGCCGGAGUAGUGAGCCUGCCCGCUGCUAAAGAGGGGGGGCAGGGGGCCAUGCUGUACGCCUUCCCCCCAGGUGUGUUCUCACAACAGUACCUGCAGGCUGCCAAGAGGACUGUGGGUAAUAUAGACGAGGAGCACAUGGUCAUCGUGAUCGUUAACGACACUAACUGAUAAUAACACUGAGACUGUAGAGGGGUCGGUGGAUUUUAUACGGCCGACAGGUUUUUGAUUUGAAACAAGAAAUUCAAGAUAUGAGAAAAACAACAAGCUGCCUCCAUUUACUGUUGAAAUAUAGGAAGACAAAACAUGGAAAAAUGCACAUUACCAUAUUUGGCCUGAUUUUAACUUACCGGUUUUGUUUUGAUCAUAUAAAGGAAGAUCAAAGAAAGGAUAACAUUCUUUUUUUCUUUAACGUGAUCAAAAAAAGUCAGAACUCUGCCUUUCAUCCCAGAAUUCUGAUUUAUUUUCCUAGAACUUGAAAAACUAAAGUUCAAGCAAAAAAUGAACCAUCAUUUUUUUUCUUUCUCUUUUAUUGUUUCCAGAAUAAAUGAACAAAUUAGAACCAGUUCAUUUUUAAUUCCAAACAUUUUUUGUUUGUUCUGAUAAAAAAGGAAAAUCACUGGCGAUGUAACAUUCUUUUUCCUUAGAAGGUGAAAAAGAAUGUUCUCUCCAUGUGUGUAUUUCCUAGUGUUCUGUUCUUUGGUCUUACUCUUGUAUAAGGUAGUUCAUAUUUACAGAAAAGGAUUCAGGCCUUUGAAAAUUUUGAUCAAUUCUGAGAAAAAAAUAGAAUCUCAGAAUUCAGAUUUUUUUCCCCUAGAAUUUGAUAAAAAGAUUUUUUUCCAGCGGCCAUCAUCCUUUUCCAUCCAGAUCAAAUUUGAAAAAAUCAAACCAAUAAAAACGAUCCAUUAUUAGUUACCCAUUCUGUUUUUUCUUUUUCCAAAAAUAAAUGAAAAACAGUUUAUUUUUGAUCAUAUCUGUUGAUGUAACAUUCUUUUCCGUUAUGUGUGGCCCACUGAGGGUGUUGUUACAAAAAGAAUGUUACAUCACCAGCGUUCCUUUCUUUGGUCUUUUUGACUAAAAAUGAUCAUUUUUUAAUUUCUUCAUUCCAUUUUGGAAACAAAAAAAGAGAAAAUAAAAACAGUUUAAUUUUUUUUUAAUUGCAAACUUGAUCUGAACGGCCUCAAAGGGCCACGGUCGGGUUUUAAACUGUAACUGUGAAACAGCUUGUUGUUUGAUUUUUGAUUUCUCCAUUCAAACUGAAACUGCGUUGGCGGGAAACGACACUGACUGAACAGACACCUGCAGGCAUGCACACUCACACAAACACGCACACACAGCGGGCUGGCAGGAGCGCGCUCAGUGAUGACAGAAACUUCCAUGUUUUUAGAAAAAUGUAUGUUAUUGUUUUACGGAGUAUCGUAUGAAUGAAACUGAGCUGAACACUAAAUCUCUUUUACUCUCUGACUCCACCGCUCCCUCGCUGGCCCUCAGUCUAAGAGCAGGCAUGAGUGAGUCAGCAUUCUGGGACAUUAAAGGGCAAUUCUGUCAUUUUUAACUUUAGAACUAGAAGAUUUGAAAAUGCUCCUGUAGAUAAGUGAGCAAGUUCAACUUGGGCGUGAAUGUAUUGGAUUAAAAUGAACUAACAGUGCAUCAGAACAGCAUGCAACACAUGCAAGUAUCAGCGAGAAAAUCAGCUUAAAUCAAAUGUUUCCCCUUUGGAUGUCCUAAAAAAUGCCACACAUAGAGAUUUUUAAUUUCUUUACCUUUUUUUUUUAAUUGUGAGAGGCCCCACACUGUGAUAAAUAAGGCUGGAAGCAAAGAGUAUUUAUCUGAAUAACCAACACAAUUAUUUUACUGAUCAAAAUCCCAUAAUAGCCUCCCAACCUAGAAUCAUAAAUAACUGACAUGUUUAAGAUUUUCAGUCCUAAUGCCUCCAACAGAAUCCCAACGACCACCAAUGAGAUCAAGCAGACUGGGUUACAUCACCAGCUGGGUGUUAGCCCUACUUUUAUCUGACGUCUCCCACUAUUUUAAAAUCCUUUAAGAUUAUAAGAUCGACUAGUGUGUGGUCAGCCACCUUCUCUGCUGUUUUAAUGGCACAGUAAAAUAGCUGAAGCUUCUCUUUUAUUACCGUGUGUUAGUGAAUUAAUCUGCCCUUGCACAAAACCACCAAUGCCAGUGUUUGUGGAGUUUAGAAAGUGUUCGUAAGUUUGUCUGCAAUGUAUGAUGGGUAAAAAUAACUGGACUUCUAUUUGCUGUGGUAUUAGAUAGAUUCAUAUUUAGACUCCUUUCUGCUUCUCUAUGAGCUUCGUGUGACAAGGGACAGUGGGCCGUCUGUGGAGAUUUUUAAAAAGUCAGUAUGAAUGUUGUGAGGCGUUUUGACAGUGAAGCUUUUUGACUAUGCUGCUGCAGAAAUGCACCGGAAUAACACCACUAAUAUGGCUUCAUUUUCACCAGUGUCACAUUGAAUUUCUAAUGUCAUGACUCGAUGAUUCUGUUAGUUAAACAGCUACUUAAAUAUAAAAAUAUUCUCUUCUUAAUAUUCUUCUUAAAUAUUCUCAGAAGGUGAUUGGACAAACGUUCUGUCUGUCCCAUUAAUGAUAGGCCAAUCAGAGUGCAUGAGGUGGUCAGGCAUGCUGGCUGCAGUUUAAACCUGAGCUCUCUAAGCUAGCACUGUCAUAUGAACGGCAGUUUCUCUGUGAAACUCGGAGAAAGAGGCUUUCUUGCUGAAGCCGGUCAGGGGAAGUACAAAAACCGUCUUUUCUACCAAGACAAGCUGUUAAUGCUUUGCUCUUGUUUUCAUAAAGAACUGUGGUUCAGAUCUGAUAAAACUGCGGCUAAACUACAGCUACACCAGAGCUAACUGCUGCACUGGCAGCAGCCAUUACUAUGUGCUUUUACAGCUAAACCACGCCCACAGCUACCGCCUCGUUCACCUUGAGUGACGCUGAUUUGUUGGUUCCUUGCAAAGGUUGUGGGUUGGAGCUUCUCAAGGUGGAUUUGCCAGAUGACAGACUGGUAAAUCCAUCUGCUGUGCAAAGUUAUCAAAUACAAAAGGCUCCAGAAAUCUGCAAGGAUGUUUUUAAACUACAGUCUCUUAAUUUUUAAUGAGCCAUGGUACCAAACGGCACUAGAGCCUCAAACAAUGUAUAAUUUUAAAGAACUAUGUGCUGCAAAUAUCAAAAAUUGCAGGAACACUCCUGAAUGUCUACAUUUAUAUGAUGUGUGUGACUUGACCUGAAAAUUUUGACGAUGAAAAUCAAGAUAUUACCAGAUACUGUCUGCCUCUGAUGCCUAUUUGAGUCUCAGUGGUGUUGAAAUAGUUGAAUUUAUAAAAUCUUAAAUUCCUGGUAUUGUGAAAACCACAUUGAGAUCUUUAUAGUGUAAAAACGGAGAUAAAAUGUCAGAAUUGCCCUUUAAAGUUGAUCCAGUCCUGUAGGACACACAUAAAGGAGCGGGGAAUCUCAGACAGAGCUGUUGUUUUGUACUCUAAACUGUAACAUUGAACACUAAACCUGAGGCUUUGUUUAUAUGCUUGUUGACUUUAUUUGUGUAUUUUAUUGCCUUUUUAUCAGAUGUUGUGUAUAUGAGAUAUUCUGGGACUGGUCGGUUUUCUACUAAGUGAUUGUACUGUAAGCUGAACGUGAUGCCGGCGGCUGUAGUGACGUGUUUUUGUUUUUGCUAAAAGCGCCAGUCGAGCCCAAAGUGACCCUCCCGACCCGUCCCUGUGACUGUACAGUAUAUCUGAACCAUUCCAGACUCUUCUCUGCUAACGAACGCCGUGUUCGCUCUCUUAAUGCAUGCUGGGAAAGAAAAGGUUUCUAUUUUGUCAUGUAUGCUUCCCUCUCUGUGACCUGCUGAGGUUCAGGCCGGUGCUGAUCGUAUUACUGGUUCAGAUUUUAUAUUGUAAAAUGACUUUUAUUCAAUUUUAAUACAUCCAUCCAUCCAUCCAUCUUUA